AACAACACACACACACCGCUCAGCGGAACCAAGGUCCAGGUGUUCAUGCAUGGCGCGGGGGCUGUUUAUCCGGAUGCACACACAGGAAAUGAUGGCAACAGUUUGAAUGGAGUUUCCGGAGUUUGCAGAAAAUAAACGGGGAAUUUAAUUUCGUUUUUUCUUUAUAUUUGCAACUUAAAGACAAAAUAAAGAGCGAAAAAUGUUCUCCGGGUUGCCCGAAUUGGGGAUCUCGAACGGGGAAGAUCUAAAGGAAACGCUUACGAAUUGUACGGAACCCCUGAAAGCCAUCGACCAGUUUCAGUCAGAGAAUGGAAUCCUGCUGCCCUCGCUCCGGUCCGCCCUCCCGUUCCUGGAUCUGCACGGCACGCCUCGGCUGGAAUUUCACCAGUCCGUGUUCGACGAGCUGCGGGAGAAGCUGCUGGAGAGAGUCGCCGUUAUCGCGGAGGGAAAAGAGGACGACCGAUAUAAUAAACUAGAAGAGCUGUUGGAGAAAAGCUUCCCGCUGGUGAAAAUGCCGUCUAUCCAGCCGGUGGUGAUGCGUGUUAUGAAGCACCUACCCAAGGUCCCAGAGAAGAAGCUGAAGCUGGUGAUGGCGGAUAAGGACCUGUACAAGGUGUGUGCUGUGGAGGUGAAGCGGCAGAUCUGGCAGGAUAACCAGGCCCUGUUCGGGGACGAGGUCUCGCCCCUGCUCAAGCAGUACAUCGUGGAGAAGGAGAACGCGCUUUUCAGCACCGACCUGUCUGUGCUGCACAACUUCUUCAGCCCCUCGCCCAAGACACGCCGCCAGGGAGAGGUGGUUCUGAAGCUGACACAGAUGAUCGGGAGGAGCGUGAAGCUGUACGACAUGGUGCUGCAGUUCCUGAGGACACUGUUCCUGCGCACGAGGAACGUGCACUACUGCACCCUGCGGGCAGAGCUGCUCAUGUCGCUGCACGACCUGGACGUCAGUGAGAUCUGCUCCGUCGACCCCUGCCACAAGUUCACCUGGUGCCUGGAUGCGUGCAUCAGAGAGAAGUUUGUGGAUGCCAAGCGAGCGAGGGAACUCCAGGGCUUCCUGGAUGGCGUGAAGAAGGGGCAAGAGCAAGUGCUGGGGGACCUGUCGAUGAUCCUCUGCGACCCGUUUGCCACCAACACCCUGGUUCUGAGUACCGUGAGGAACCUGCAGGAGCUGGUCAGCCAGGACGCCCUGCCCAGGGACAGUCCGGACCUGCUGCUGCAGCUGAGGAUGCUGUCUCUGGGACAGGGGGCCUGGGACAUGAUCGACAGCCAGGUGUUCAAGGAGCCACGCCUGGAGCUGGACCUGGUCACCAAGUUCCUGCCGUCCGUGCUGGCCCUCGUUGUGGACGACUACACCUUCAACGUGGACCAGAAGCUGCCACCGAUGGAGGACAAGGUUCCUGUCACCUACCCCAGCUCCCUGCCGGAGUCCUUCACCAAGGCUCUCCAGGAGAACCGUGUUGCCUGUGAGUUGGGUCUCUACUACAUCCUGCACAUCACCAAGCAAAGAAACAAGAACGCCCUCCAGAGACUGCUGCCCGCGCUGGUGGAGACGUACAAUGACAUGGCGUUCAGCGAUGUCUUCCUGCACCUCUUCACCGGCAGCUUCACCCUGCUGUCUGACGAGUUCGGAGCAGAGGAGUUCUGCAAUGCUGUCUUCGAUGGCUUUUUCCUGACGUCGUUUUCAAGCAAGGAAAACGUACACAGGCACAUUCUGAGACUGAUCUUGCACCUUCAUCACAAGAUACUGCCUUCCAGACUGGAGUCCUUAAUAAAGACCUUGGAGCCUUCCAAGCAGCAGACCAGCGAGGCAGUGAAAGAGCUGUACACCCAGCUGAUGGAGAAGCUCGACUCUCAGAAGAAGAGUCCAGCCCAGCCUGCGGAGCCUCCUUCCCUGGAUCUGCCUCUGCACACCGUGGCCGUCCCAGCGGCUGUGCCACCCGCUGCCCUGACACCCACCCACACCCCCACCACCCUGACACCCACACCUGCCCACACACCCUCGCCCACGCCCAUGUGAGAGUGAAGGGUUUAGAAUUCUACCCCAUUCUUCAACAUCGACCAGGAAUGUAUGCAGGCAAACGACAGAGUCUUUCCACUGCAGAUCAUGGGACCUCUAAAACAGGCUGAUCAUUCAGCAGCCCUUCCUUCUCCUGCACUAGAAACAGCAGGAAUGGAACCACCUCCUCCUCCCCAGAUAUAACAUGCACUAAACUUUUGUAUAACAGCAAGUAACAGUUUUUCACGUUCAGCACAGUAAUCAUUUUUCUCAGCUCUAGCUGGUCUCGUUGCCGGACUGUGUUCAGGUGGUCUCCACUCUGAAGUGUGAACCAGCCAUUCCUGCGAGGGGCAGGGUUUGGGGGGGUGAGUUGGGUGCUCAGAAUUGUUUUCUAGAUUAAGCCCAAUCUUUUAUACAUAUAUUGUUAAUUACAUCGAAAUGGGUUAGUUGGUGUGGCUUGUAGUUCUUGUACAUUUUGUAGCUAUCAGAUCACUCUCUUUUUAUUUUAAAAUGAGAAGAAAAACUUUUUUUUUAAAUAUAUUUUCAUAUCUCUUAGAUGAACUUCUCCAUUUGCGUGAAGUUUUUUUUUUUUUCUUCAAGGUAUGAGAAGGUGUAUUGAACUGUAAAUAAAGACACACUUGAGAAUA